AUGAGCUUCUACGGCAACUACUAUGAUGGCCUGGGCUGUGGCUAUGGUGGCUAUGGUAGCUAUGGUAGCUAUGGUAGCUAUGUUAGCUAUGGUGGCUAUGGUUACAGCUGUCUCCGCCCCCUGUGCUGUAGAAGAUACUGUUCCUUUGGGUUCUACUGAGAAAUUCCCACAGCUUCCUAACCUAUUGGCUAUAACCUCCUGUUUUACUAGAAUUAUCUCUAAUUUUCUUUACAUAAGAAACUUUUAGAUGUCUUCAGAAUCACCAACUAUAUAAAAAAUAAUCUAAAAAUAUUUAA